AUGGAGCCAGAGCGUCGUAAUGGUUUUAAAAGAGACCCGGAGCGUCAGGACUUUUAUACUCGACCAAUUGAACGACGCCCGAGUAAAAAGUCCUCCUCCAAAGACCGACACGGAGUCGUUUAUCCCGAAAGUUUUCGUGACACUACUAUCAGAACUGUCACGCCUGAUUCGAUGUCUGACCGUGCAAAUAACUCCCCAAUGUCUGACGCGGAGUACAUGUCGCCGCAUGCCACCCUUCGUGUCAAACCCCGGCCCCGACGACAGGAGCCCAAUCCCUAUUUCUCUGCGGGUGACGAAGAGGAUGCGGCAAUUGGGCCUAAAACCCUUAGAGCUAGGUCGAGGACAACCUUAGACGACCAGCGAAGCGAAAUAUCCCCGAACUUUUUAUCAAAACGGCGAACAAGGCUGGGUUCUAUCAAUGUGGGGUCGCCCGCGCCGAAAGGAUCUGAUGAUUCAGUUCCGUCAAUCGGAUAUCCGUCAAUCAUUCAAUCACCCGCCCAACGACAUAGAUUAAGUAAACCGCCAUUAGGCGGUGCUUCACUUGUGGCCAAUGCUUCACGCUCAUCGUCAUACGGAUCGCCUAUAUCGAAUUCUGACUCCUCUAAAAUUUUACAAUUAAUGAAAACAACAAACGGCAGGAUGCACGGCAUCCUCUCUUUUCGUACUUCUGGUAGUACCUCGUGGACUUCGGGAUAUUGUGCAAUAAACGUUGCUAGUGGAAGUCUUAUCUAUCAAGCCAAGGGAGAACCAGCCGCAGCCAAAACGCUAAUACCCGACCUUCGAGGGUGUCGAGUACGAACGCUUUACGACACGGAAGUACAAGGGACAUAUCUUAGUGUAUCAACCCACUCUUCCACCCUCGGAGUUCAUUUGAGACCCCAUGUAAUCGAGACAUUUGAUUCUUGGUUAGCUGCGCUCCUUUGCUGGCAACCAAUCCGCCCAAAAGGAGUCCAAAAUAAAAUGACGAAGCCACAGUCAGUUGCAAUUGGCAACCAUCAUCGUUUUCCUGAGCGCAGACGAAAUUCCGAGAGCACAAUCCAAAAAGAAGCGGCCAUAAUCAAGGUUGGACAAAUGCUUCUCUGGGACAAACAAACUGCCUCCGGCCUUCCCCCAUCUCCGACACCUAAACGAAUAUCGACCUUUAAACAGCAGCGAGCUCUAUCUCACUCAUGGCGAAAGGUUAGCUGUUCAUUACAGGAGAACGGUCAUAUGAAGAUUUUCAUGGAAAGUGAUGUGACUCUCAUCGCGUUUAUACAGUUGUCACAGCUUUCCCGAUGCGCUAUCCAGCAACUGGAACCAUCAGUCUUGCAGGAUGAAUUCUGCAUUGCUAUAUACCCACAGUAUUUCGUCCAUGCCGGAGGAGACCAAUUGAGCCGCCCCAUCUAUCUCUCGCUUGAAAAUCGUAUCUUGUUCGAAGUUUGGUUUGUUUUGUUACGCGCAUUCACGAUACCGGAACUAUACGGCCCCGAACAGCUUUCGCCAAAUGACGAUUCAGCUCGUGACCAUGGCCUAUCGGUUUCUGGCGCAACCCCAACUAUCGACAUGUUUCGCAUUGAACGACUUCUAUCAAUCCGAAUACUUGAAGCUAAAAUGGUGCAAUCAACCCAGGAGCCUGCAGAUUCCUCGAAGCCGAAAAAGGUCAUUAAGCCUCAACCACGUCAAUCGAGAACGCGUAUGCCCGGUGAUUACUAUGCUGAAGUCCUACUUGACGGAGAGGUUCGAGCGAAGACGGCUGCUAAGGCAGACACUUCGGUUCCUUUUUGGCGAGAGGAUUUUACUUUCCAUGAUUUGCCGCCUGUUUUGUCAAAUGCAUCUGUAGUGGUUAAAACUUUGAAUUCUGCCCAAAAAGACUGGACACUUAUAUCCCGACGGCCGUAUUCUCUUGAGGACGUUAGCAGCGACCCACUGGCGAUGAUAGGUGAUGUUGAGAUUGCUUCCCAUGACGCGACCUACGGCAGAAUUGACUUGCGCCUGGAAGACCUGGAGCGUGACUCAGGGUCAGAAAAAUGGUGGCCAAUUUUGGACGACCAUGAUCAACAGGUGGGGGAGAUGUUAAUGAGGGUUCAGCUCGAUGAGACAGUUGUUUUAGUGUCAAAAGAGUACGAGGCGAUGUCGGAACUACUUCACUCGUUUUCCAAUGGCCUUACAGUCAACCUUUCUCAACUUGUUCCCCGCGAACUACGCCACUUCGCGGGAACUUUCCUAGACAUAUUCCAGGUCUCAGGACAUGCAGGGGAAUGGAUCAUGGCCCUUGUGGAAGAUGAAAUAGAUGGAAUCCAUAGGGAUUCGUCCGCAAGCCGAUUGAGAUAUACCAGUCGCAGCCGCAUCCACUCAAACGACUCGUAUGAGUCAACCCAGGAAAGAGAAGCACUGGUGCGUGAUUUGGGCAGGUCAGCUACUGUUGAAGCCAACUUACUCUUCCGAGGUAACUCACUUCUGACAAAAUCGUUGGAUAUGCAUAUGCGUCGAUUGGGAAAGGAAUACCUAGAAGAAACCAUUGGAGCCGGGCUACGGGACAUUGACGAAAGCGACCCUGACUGCGAGAUUGACCCCAACAGAGUGAGCCGGCCAGAGGAUCUGGAGCGCAACUGGCGUAAUUUGGUUCUCUUGACAAGCAAUAUGUGGAAAUCUAUAGCUGGGUCUGCGUCUCGUUGCCCCCCUGAGUUGAGGCACAUUUUCCGGCAUAUCAGAGCCUGUGCGGAGGAUCGCUAUGGUGAUUUCCUACGCUCAGUCGCGUAUAGCAGUGUUUCCGGAUUUCUAUUUCUCCGGUUUUUUUGCCCUGCGAUAUUGAACCCGAAGCUGUUCGGCUUGCUUAAAGAGCAUCCCCGCCAGCGCGCUCAACGAACAUUAACCCUCAUCGCAAAAGCUUUGCAAGGCUUAGCCAAUCUAGCCACUUUCGGGAACAAAGAACCAUGGAUGGAGCCGAUGAAUAAAUUCCUCUUGUCACACCGCAACGAGUUCAAGGAAUUUGUGGAUUCCAUUUGUUCCAUACCAGCAGAACGCCCAGCCCAAAUCGUCAACCCAUCAUACGCCACGCCGAUACAGAUUUUGAACCGCCUACCGCCAACGUCCCGAGAAGGAUUUCCAAGCCUUCCGUUCUUAAUCGACAAUACGAGAAGCUUUGCAUUUUUAGUGCGCUUAUGGCUCGAGUCAGCACCGUUAAACCUGACUUCCAUGCCAGACGUAGAUGAAAACGUAAUUCAGUUCCAUAACCUAUGCCUUCAAGUCCAACAACGCACGAAGGAUUGCUUAAACAGAGCCGAGCAAGCUGAGCGUCCGAAUGGAAACCUUGAGGUCAAAUGGGAAGAGCUUGUGGAGCAGUUUGAGAGGUCAAGCACAUUCUACGACGAAAGCUCGAGCAAGGCCAACACUCCCUCUAUAGAGACGGCGAUGUCAAAUGUUGCAGCAAUGUCAGGAAACAAUAGAAACUCUAUUGGGUACUUUUCCAGACCUCCUUUCCAACAUAGGAAUACCGAUACAAGCAACGGAAGCGACGAAGCUGACUAUGAAACACGUUCGAGCGCGCCAUCGGCUACAUGGGAUCCGGGGCGGCCCAAAUUCAUGACGCCCAAGUACUCGGAAAGAGAGAGCGUCGAUAGCCCUCAUAACUCCUCCACGUAUUCGUUAGAAUACCCUGACCAACAAAAAGGCCGUCAAUCCAGCAUCACAAAGGAAUCGUCUGCCAAGUAUCGGCUGUUCGACCUUGUUGGGAACUCUAGACGCAAGGGCAAAGAUAAAGAAGGACAGCAACCUCUCCCAUCAGACCUCGGCCCUCGCGACGAAUAUAUAUGA